AAGUCGCGAAGCGUGUGUUUAGUGCAGACCAACGCUGCCCCCACUUUCUGACGCCGCCGGCCGUCGACGGACGAACCCCAAUGGACUCCCCCGGCCGGCCCCGCCGCUCUCCGCCCGCCGAGCGCUUCCUCGGCCUCUUCUCCACCCCGUCCCCCUCCCUCCCCUCUUCCUCGCCCUCCGCCGGGGACGAGCUCCUCGAGGGCGACCUCCUCUUCCCCGCCCCGGCCCCCUCCUCGGACCCGCCGCCUGACAGCUCCAAGAAUCCGGGCCGUGUCCCGAGUGGUCACCUCGGCCUGCUCGCCGCGCUCCAAGAAGGCGAACGGAAGGUACCUGGACGCGGCGGAGCUGCUGCUGCUGCCGUGACAGUGUCCACGGUCACGUCCGGAACCGCUGGGACGCUGCUCCGUCGCAAGGCGACCAUCGCCGCGGCCGCCGCCGCGGCGUCGGCUUCCUCAGCGACGCCGUCGCGGUCCCCGCCAUCCGCCUCGCGCGCCAUCCCUGUGGCGCCGAGGGCCAGGGACCCCGAGCUGCCGCGCGCGGCGCCGUACCACCAGUCGGCCCCCGUCCAGGUCCCCGUCCCCCCACCUUGGAGUCGCGGGCGCAAAUGGGACGAACUCAACGGCGGGUCUGGCGACGGGGUUGACGAGGAGGAGGAGCUCUUCCGUGGGGACGCCGCCAUGCUGCCCCCGCACGAGAUGGUGGCACGCGCGUCCGCGGGCGGCGGCUACGGCGUGCCCGGGAAGCCGUCCUCGAUGCUGGAGGGCGUCGGCCGCACGCUCAAGGGACGCGACCUCCGGCGUGUGCGCGACGCCGUGCUCCGGCAGACCGGUUUUCUUGACUGAAUCCGGCAGAGGUGGUAACUAUUUUUUUUGGCCUGCAUGAUCUCAGUUGUAGCUUCUAGGGUGCAAAUUGGUGACCCUCGGUGCACCUCCAACUGUCUUUAGUUCAAAUAUUUGUACUACUUCUCUAAAAUUAGAUCUUAUUUUGGAGUAGUACAAAUAUUUGAACUAAAGACAAUUGGAGGUGUACCUAAGGUCACCAAUUUACAUCCCUAAUAGCUUUGGCCAUGGAUCCUACCGUAAUUCUACAAAUGUUUGUGCAAUCAUGCCUUGUGUUUGUGUACAAGGACAGGUGAAAUUAGAAAUUAUGGUUAGCUUGUGGUUCAAACUGUUUGCAGUUUUCGUGUUCUUGGAGGUGUGAGAGAGCAUCUCCUGUUGUAACUUGAAUAAGUGAUAAGGAGUGAGGAUAAGUGUUUGGGGGUCAGGGAGCUCUCUCUAUAGCGAAGAGAGAGAACAAAUUUUGUGAGGAUGUUUGGUGAUUUUUUUGUCAUUCCAGAUGUCCAAGCUCAUGCACUGUUUCCUGCA